UCAGGAUCCACACCAUGGAGCGAGAAUUCCAUCGACUACAUUGCCCGAAGGUUCGAGCGCAUGUGCUCCUUGGGGCACGCCGGUGGCUCAUGGUAGUUUUACACCAAAAGGCAGGACACUGAUCGUCAUGGAUGGCUGCACCGGUGAGUUCUCACGCUCCCAGUUGCCGGUCACCGAGAAUCGGGGCCGAUGGUGUAUCGCUGCGAGCUCCCAUGGCCACCUGCUCUGCACGCCCUGCAAUGAGGAAUGAGGCGUUUCGUCAGCAAGUGGAUGGGCACCAGUAGCAGCGAUGGCUGGGAGCAGGAUGAGUUUCUCGAUGUGUUCACUGAGCGUACUCUGAGAAGUGAAGUGGGUUUAUAUAUUGUACCUCAAGCACAAUGUUUCGUUGAUGGAACUGCGUUGUGGCAACCCUGGCUAUCGAAAAAUAUAUGUACAUUUUCUGUUCCAGGUGUUAACUACUAUUUUACAUACAUAUUUGCAACCAUGCAUAGCUUAUUAACUUUUGAUGGAAUCUGAACAUCAGAUUCCUGGCUAUGAGGAAGAUAUCUAGCUGGAAGAACUUGCAACAUUUGGUCGAGGGGAAUCCUAUACAGGUGGUCGACCGACCGGAAGCUGAGGCCUGGCAGUCCACAACAGCCCAAAUCGAAUGACGUGCAGACCGGGAAUAUAGUAGCUUUGACAUAGAGGCAUCUCAUCAGGUUUGUGCGAAAAUUAUGUAUAAGAAGGCACAAGCAUCACACAAAGAAAGAUGCACUCAAAUGUUGUGGAUCCUCAAUAUCAGCAAGAAGCAAUGAACUGGUGAAAAUCCCUGAAUUCCCAAUUGCAUAGAGAGCAGGCGUCUUCUGGGCUAGCUUAGCUGCUCUGGUGUGCCGGGAGGUCCUCGUGGUCACUUAGGAACUUGUUGUGUCCUCGAGAUGGUGAAGGGGAGGAGGUCCAAGAGACGGAGGUGCCCGGCGGCCAGCCUCACCGAUGACCUCAUUGUCGAGAUCCUCUCUCGCCUCCCUGCCAGGUCGGUCUGCCGCUUCAGGUGCGUGUCCACGGCCUGGCGGGACCUCAUCUACGCCAACCACAGGAAGCUCCCCCAGACCCUGGCUGGCUUCUUCACCAUGCACGACGGUGAGGGCUCGAUGAGCUCAGUUCCACAUUUCACCAAUGUUUCGGGCAGAGACGGCCCUUUGGUCCCCUCCUCAUUUGAGUUCCUGCCAAACCGCGUCUACCUUCAACACUCUUGCAAUGGACUUGUCCUUUGCAGCUACUGGCCCAACCAACCCGAUGAGCUCUAUUGCUUCGUGUGUAAUCCGGCCACGAAGAAGUGGAUGCAAUUGCCGGGCUUCCUUUUUGGAGGCAGGUGUUGGGGUUUAAGUCUGGGUUUCGACCCCAUUGCCUCACCCCACUUCUACGUGUUUCAGCUCUUUGAAGACUAUCGUAACUUGGUCGCCGGAGUGCAGGUAUAUUCAUCCGAGACAGGACAAACAGUUGGUGAGGAGACUGAAUGGGACAAUAGAGUAAUUGGCCGUUGUGCUCCUUUUUCAGUGAGUGUCUUUCUGAAUGGAUGUCAACAUUAUCUGACCUAUGAUCCUGCUAUAGCUGUGGUGGACACUCGGGGGAAAUUACGCCGGAGCAUACCUGUUCCUGACAACAAGGACGAUGGUUUCAUCCACCAGUCUCAGGGCCGUUUGCACUAUGCCAAUUUUGAGGCAGAUGAUGAGGAUGAGGUGGUUCGGCUAGUGGUUUAUGUUCUUGAGGACUAUGACAACCAGCAAUGGACAUUGAAGCAUUCAGCUGAAGCAGAAUAUGUUCUUGGGCGGACAAGUUCUAACCUUUUCCGGGACUUUGAGUUGGUCGCAAUUCAUCCCGACUGUAACAUCAUCUUCUACACUGUUGGGUGGGAUAAGACACUCAUGUCCUAUGAUAUGGACCGUCGGCGGGUUCAGGUGAUCUGCACUCUUGGGCAGGACACUCGGGAGCGGUAUCUGCCGUACGUGCCAUGGUUUUCGGAGUUGCAAGCCUUGCACGCAUGACACCAUUUUAUAGCAAGUGGCGGGGCCUCAAUAGGACUCAGAUACAUACGAUAUGAAGGUGUUGACGUCAGACUGCGAGUGGGUAAUUUGUCUUUCGUUACUGGAAUGAUGAGUUAGCAACCCAAGAGAACCGUUGUCAUUUUUUCUGCUACCUGCAAAAGCUCGUCGUCUUCAAGAGUCUCAACUGAAUAAUUCCUCCAGCCUGAGCCAUGGAAGUGUGCACCUGCAGGUAAAGGGCAUUGGACGGAUGACGAAGCUUCCAUGGCCGCCAUUGCCAUAUCCGUGUAGAAUGUAGUGGUUUCAGUUCGUGGUUAGCGCAGUUCCACAAAACUGAAUUUUACUCCUAACUGGCGCCGGAGUGAAUUUACCUCCUAAGGUCGGCGUGCUUUCAGAGUGUAUUUUCUUUGUAAGAAGUUGUUGUACAGAAUGGUGUCUGAAUUUAACCUCCUACCUUGUGACGUUGCAAGUUGCGGCUCUUUU